GUGUGAUCGAAAACUACGGCAAUUCUUUGUAUUUCAUUUCUGUUAUGCGUACAACAGCAACUGAUAUUUCAACAAAUGGUUAUUAUUUGGAUUUAAAAUCGAUUGAAAAUCAAUAAUCAACGGCACCAACAACAACAACAACAACAACGAUUAUAGUUUUGGUGUGGUAACAGGGUGAGAAAAAAAAGAAAGAAAAAGGUUUGGUUCACCAAAAAAAAAAAAAAAAUUGUGUUUUCUCCAUGGUUGACAAUCAAAAAAAAAAAAAAAAUCCAUGUGUUUCGCCACACGCACACACAAACAUUCUUUUCAUUUAUCUUGAAGAAUUUGUUACGCCAUGUUGUUAUAAAAAUGAAAUGGAAAUCUAAAUUUGUAUCAUGAAAAUGGGGAAAAAAAAAUUUAUUGAGAAACAUUGACACUGUCACCAUAAAAACAAAAUAUCGAUGAUGAGAAAAUGAAAACGCCAAAAACAAGAUUAUAUUUCGAAUAAUAAUAAUUUUCAAUCCAAUCCAAUCCAAUCACCAACAAUCAAUCAAUAAUCAAACGAUAUCGAUGUCAGUGUAUCGAAUCAAUGAUCAAUGUAAACGAUAUUCAUCAUCAUGUUACAUACAGAUUUAAUUCAUCAUACCGAUGAUGGUUAUGAUGAUUAUUAUGAUGAUAAUAUCACAGCAACGACCACGACAUCAUUAACAUCAUCAUUAUUAAAAAAUACAAAUGCCUUAUUACAAUCAAGUGAUAAUCAACAUAAUCAACAACAACAACAAUAUUUAUGGAUCACAUACGGAUGGUUAGCCAUUUGUAUUGUGACCAUCAUAGUUAUAGUGUUGAUUAUAUGGACAACAUUAAUACAUUAUACGUAUCGUAAAAAAUGGCGUACACUAGACAUAUUAUUAGCGGCGAUUCUUAUACAAGAAUUACCGAAUGCCAUAACAUUAUUGUCGAUAUCAACCAUCAAAAGUACAUUGAUACAUUUACCUCGUUCUUCAUCGUUUGUUAAUUCAUCACAUCAACAUGAUUAUCAUUCCAAUUGGAAUGUAUAUGAUAUUCUUUUGUGGCUAUCAACAUCGCAAAGAUUUUUUCAAUUUGCCAUCAUUACAUCAUUGAUUGUUGAUCGAGCUUUUAUUAUAAAAUGGCCAUAUCAAUAUCGUUUUUCUGUACGCCAUUCACAGAUUCGUUUCUAUAUGAUCAUAUUGGCAUUAAUAUCGGCUGUAUUUGGUACAUUUGCCGUUAUUAGUCAUCAAAAUUAUCAAUUUGAUCGGUCAAAAUUAUCGAUGGCUACCACAACAACAACAACAACAGCAAAAUCGUAUGACUUUGAUCGAUCAUGGCCAACACCAACCACAACAACAACAACAAAAACAGUAACGGUAACAACCGAAACCACAACCAUUAUCGAUGAUAAUAGUACUACGGAGUCAUCGUUGAAUGGUACUAUAUCGAUUGUAACGAAACCACCACCACCAAUGAAUCAAACGAGCUAUUAUGAUGAUUCAAUGAUACAAUUCAGUUAUAAUCCAAUGAUUUAUGAUAUUUAUUAUAGCUACUUUUUUAUUACCAUUUAUAUUGUGUUAACCUUGAUUUGUUUUGGUGCAUUUCUUUAUGUUGAAUUGAAUCGACCAAAAACUGCGACAAUAUCGACGACAAAAAAUUCUUCAUCAACAUCGAAAAAUCUACAAUCAAUAUCGACAUUAUUCGCAACAACAUCGACAUCAACAUCGUCUUUAGGUGGAAAUGGUGGUAUUUCCGUUAUUAGAGCAUCAACAACACCAACACCAACAGCAACAACAAAUGGUACAUCAAGUACAUAUGCAUCGAUGAUGACAACAGCAACUGAUAAUAAUAGUACACAUCGUUUAAUUGAUAAUGCCAAUUGGUUCACAAUUAAAAUUAAAUGA